AUGAUUCUUCACACUAAUACCGUUUUACCUUAUUUUUCUUUUGUCUUCAUGAUUGUCAUUUAUUUUUCAACAUCUAUUAAGGACGUCCGACUCACAUACUUAGAUUUUAAUAAAAUCAUUAUUUCUGAAGUUAUCAGUUAUGCACAAGACCAACUGAAGCCAGAUGCUCACUGGUCAAAUACAGCUUAUUUUAUAAAAGCAGAUGGUGACAGUCCCCCAAACAAUGCACUCACCUUUGGAAAAUCAGGGGCUAUUUACUUUCACGCUAAUUCUUUGUUACUUUUUAUUAACGAAGAAGAUCAUGCUUAUAUUCCUUGUGAUUUUUUUUACAAGAUUUGUGAAAUGCCAGUGUCAACGUGUCCCGGUGCCCGCUCGGUGUGUUAUUUUAAGGCCUUCGUCAGGUUUCUAUACAUUCUUCUCUUUCUUAUAUUUGUCAUGAUCGUGGUACUAUCUUUUGGUGGUUUGUACAAUAUCUCAUCGACCCAUCAGAUGUUUGCUGCGUUGGCAGGAGGUUUUUUACCGUGGCUCUUCCAGAACGUGAUACAACUGAACCCGGCACCGGAAGAUGUGAAUACAAGCACGUUGUCGUUUAAAAAGCAUUUUUGUAUCUAUCUAUCUCAGACUGUUCAUAUCUAUCUAUCUAUCUAUCUAUCUAUCUAUCUAUCUAUCUAUGUCUGUUUAUAUCUAUGUCUGUUCAUGUCUAUCUAUCUAUCUAUCUCUCUCCAUAUCUAUGUCUGUUCAUGUCUAUCUAUGUCUGUUCAUAUCUAUCUAUCUAUCUAUCUAUCUAUCUAUCUAUAUAUAUAUAUAUAUAUAUAUAUAUGUUCAUAUCUAUCUAUGUUUGUUCAUGUUUGUCUGCCUAUCUAUCUAUCUAUCUAUCUAUCUAUCUAUCUAUCUAUCUAUCUAACCGAAUCUUUAUAUCCUAUAGCUGUAUGCCGAACCCUUAUUUUCUUUCUAAACUAUGUUAAUUUCCGAGCCUCUCUAACAUUGUUGUCUGCUUUCACUAACUUAGGUUUUCACAGUCACGUUCACAUUACUCGUAUCAUAAUCACUGGACUUUUGUCCGCUGAAAAGAAAUAUGCGAUAUCUACAAGUGUUGCUCUUGAUAUUUCUGCAAAUAAAUUCAGAGGGUGCUUUUGA